AUGGUUCAGACUUCCAUUGUUACUCACAUCACCCGACUGCAUAUGUCCAGACAUCCAAGUGGGACGCCAGGGGAACUUCUGAUGAGGAGCCGAGCAACCCCCCCCAUCUCCAUGGGCUUAGCUAGCAGACUUUCGGGUAUCAGUGUGGCCGUUGCGGAUGAAAAAAAGGGCAAGAACGCUGUGAGGUGGAACGAGACAGAGGAAGAAAAGGCGGAGAAUGCCCGGCGAGCAAACCGGGCCGCACGGUUUGAUGCGCAUCUGGAUAAAUCCAACGGAAACGACCGAGAUCAAGGCAACAGUUCAGCGGGUGGGUCUCAGAAUGGCUAUGGAGAUAAGAGGAAAAGCAAUCGGCCGAAAGGUGGGUUCAACGAGAACCUGUUGCGAACCAAAUACAGGAAUCCGUACGAGAGCUUUGAGGACUCACUGCACCUGAAGAAAAUUCAAGGAACGAGUACUGAGUUAGAAAAGAAGCACCUGAGAUUAACGGCCGAGCCCCACCCAAGCACAGUGCGACCAGAACACAUUCUGAGGCAAUCAUUGCAGAUGGUAAAAAACAAGUAUGUCAAGAAUGAAGACUACUUCUAUGCACGGGAACAACUAAAGGCCAUUCGACAAGACUUGACGAUCCAGCAGCUGCGUGGCGAGUUGUCGGUCGACACAUACGAAACCCACGCACGUAUCGCACUAGAACAGGAGGAUGUGGGUGAUUUCAACCAGUGUCAAACGCAACUCAUCACGCUGUACGCCGAGAACAAGGGAUGCCGGCGCAACGAGUGCGAAUUCAUCGCAUACCGCAUUCUAUACUAUGUCAACACCGAGUCAGAUGCAGAUCUGAUAGCCUUAAGGAAAUCGCUCACACCGCGGCAGAAGCAAAACCCCGCUAUAGAGCAUGCACUGGCUGUGUUUCAGGCGGUUUCCAUGACCAAUUACUAUCAAAUAUUCAAAUUGUAUCAACAAAAAAUAAACUUGAACAAUUAUGUCAUGGACUUCUUCCUCCCCAGAGAGCGGCUGAGAUCCUCGAGAGUCAUUUGUAAAAGCAUGGGUCCGACCGUGCCCAGCGACUACAUAGUGGAAUCAUUAGGCUUCAGGAACCGACUGGAGGCUAUUAGCUUUCUAGAAGACAACGGUGCGAUCUUCAAAGACGAAGACUGUACCCUUGUCGAUACGCUGGCUACCAGGAAAGCCUUAUAGUAGAAGAUCAGAUAAGCGUAAUUUAAUGGACUUGUGAUUGGCGAACCUGCUCCCAUAUAUCUUCCCGUGUAUAUGCCGCAAUAUUGUAUCCGAUACGCACAUAAUCAGCUCAGCCGGAGUACGUUCCCAAUGUAGUCAUCGAGUCGAGUGAUUGAAGUGUGGGCUUUUAGCGUGUAAUCAUAUGUGCAACAAUCUUCAAACACAUGUCGUCCUGCUGGGUAGUUAUUUUUCGACGAGGUUUUCAGGCUCUAUUCAAGUCUUCGCUAUCAUUCAGGUAUGCAGAUCCGGUAGAUACAAAGGUAAGUGUUUCAACAGGAACUUAACCAGGCCCCUGUAGAUCCUUGUGGCCGGCCCCCGACUCCCAGGUGCGAU